GUCAUUGUGUUAAAAACUCUUGAGUAAUGAACUAUUUUUCAGCACAAUUUGGUGAAAGCCCAAAAGGCUUCAGAAAUCCUUGGUUUCCACAUCAUUAGGCGUUAGCUUCCUGGUUCUGUUGCUCGUUGAUACUUGUAUCGGUUGGCUCUGGUCUUGAGAGAGGCACGCAGCCUGGGAGACCGUGCCGCCAGUCAAACGCUGUUUAGGGCUUGAACGCCCCACGAACAUUGCUUACAGGAAGAGGGUGCAGUGGAUGAGCAGCUGGACGCUGGUUAACGUUAGACCUAAAAACAGGGAGGGCAAUAUUGAUACAUUCUAAAUUAUGGAGUUAAGACGGACAAACCCAGCGUGCAAUUGUGUUUUACUAUGUGGAAUAACCUUAUUUCUUAUUUUCGGUCUAAAUCUAACAUUCGCUAUAGAGUUGUACGCCCCGGCGGAAGUGCUGGUUGAGAAUGGCACCACGGGGAUCCUCAAGUGUUCCUUCAAGUCCAGGGAAGUGAUCAGCAGUGCAGCCACAGUCAUCUGGUCGUUUUGCCCGGCGGGAUCCGAUGCCGGAAGUGCUGUUUCCAUUUUCUAUUACACUUCUGCAAACCACUACCCAGGGAGUGUGGCUCAAUUCAAAGACAGGGUGAAAUGGGCGGGAGACCUGAACAAAAAAGAUGCCUCAGUCCAUUUAAUUGAGGCGCAGUUCAACGACAAUGGCACCUACUCAUGUGCCGUGAUUAACCCGCCUGACAUAUCUGGCACCGCCGCUCAGACACAGCUCAAGGUCGUCAUCAAAGAGUCUCUCCCUCAAGACAACACGGCCAUCGUAGUGGCCGCCGUGUGUGGCGCCAUCAUCGGGCUUAUCCUCGUCUCUGUGGUUACCUGCCUGAUCAUCAAGAGGCAUCAAACCACCCAUGAAUACGAAGGCUGCACGUCAGUGGAGAGUGUGAGCUCCCACGCCACACGCCCGGGGGGGAAGAAACCAGAGUCCAGCUUGGAGGGCUCCAAGUGUAGCAGCCACUCCACACCGGUCCAGGUAGGAGCUACAGGACCGGUGAUAUACGCCCAGUUGGAUCACACAGGCACCAAGAACCCCAACUCAUUCCACAAGAUGGAGCCAGUGGUCUAUGCUGACAUAAGGAAAAACUGAAGAGAACUGGAGACCAAAAUGGACAGGCCACCAUAGCUCGCUGCUUUGGGAUGGGUGGGUGGGGGUUGUUUAAAUACAAGGUUAGAAUUUAUGCUAUUUUGAAAGAUUGUUUUUUUUGUCAUUAAUUUGUCCUUUUGUCUGCUGAAAGCAUUCAUUGCAUGUUCAUGUGUGUGGUAAAACAGUUAUGCUACCAAUGAUUUCAAUACAAUAAUACAACACAGAGAUUAGAGAAACACUGUCUUCAGAAAGUAUUUAUAUCCCUUGAUGUCCUCCACAUUUUAUUCUGUUACAGCCUGAAUUCUAAAUGGAUAUGUUUUUUUUUUGUUUUACCCAGCUACCCACAAUACCACAUGACAUUGAAAACAUGUUUUUUUGUUAGCAAAUUUAUUGAAAAUGAAAUACAGAAAUAGUCAAUUUACAUAAGUAUUCAAUUUCUAUCAAGUUGGUUGUUGAUCUUUGCUAGACAGCCAUUUCUAAGUUUUACCAUAGAUUUCCAAGCCCGUUUAAGUCCAAACUGCAACUAGGCCAAUCAGGAAUAUUGAAUGUAGUCUUGGAAAGCAACUCCAGUGUAUAUUCGGCCUUGUGUUUUAGGUUAUUGUCCUACUGAAAAGUGAAUUUGCCUCCUCGUGUCUGUUGGAACCAGGAUUUCCUCUAGGAUUUGUGCCUGUGCUUGGCUCUAUUCCGUUUAUUCCCCCCCCCCACAAAAACUCCCUAGUCCUUACCAAUAACAAGCAUGUUACCUGUAACAUGAUGCAGCCACCACCAUGCGUGUUACUCACUCAGUGAUGUGUUGUCGGAUUUGCCCCAAACAUAUCUCUUUGUAUUCAGGACAUAGUUAAUUUCUUUGCCACAUGUUUUGAAGUUUUACUUUAGUGCUUUAAACAAAAUGCAUGUUUUUGAAUAUUUUUAUUCUGUACAGGCUUCCUUCUUUUCACUCUGUCACUUAGGCUAGUAUUGUGGACUAACUACAAUGUUGUUGAUCCAUCCUCAAGAGUUUAAUGGCUGUGAUAGGAGAACACUAACUUUUAUAGUCACCAUUGGACUCAUGGUGAAAUCCCUGAGCGGUUUCCUUCCUCUCCGGCAACAGAGUUAGGAAGGAAGUCCAUGCAACUUAUUAUGUGUCUUGUUAAGCACAUUUUACUCCUGAACUUAUUUAGGCUUGCCACAAAGGGGUUGAGUAAACUCAUUGUAAAAAUGUAUGACAACAUAAUUCCACGUUGACAUUGUGUGUAGGCCAAUGACACAAUCUCAAUAUAAUAUUUUUUACAUGCAGGCUGUGAAUACUUUCUGAAGGCACUGUGCAUUAACUGCGUAGGAAGUGUAAAAUACAUAGGCUUUGGUUGUUAUUUUGUUUUACAAUCCAGGGACCAUGAUAACAUGUUAACCAAUGUGUUGGACUGAGCUGAUGGAUGUUACAUUGAUGGUUUAGAUAUAUAGGAUAACUGAAAUGCAUUGGUGUUUUGUCUGUAAUCACGUUGCCUUCACAAAAUUGUUACCUUGUAACAUAUUUAGAUUAAGUCCAUAUAUCACGCCGGUACACAGCCAUGGAAAGCCUCAUGGUGAAAUGACUUUGGUGUAUUGUCCUAUAGGUUGGCACAUUGCAUUAAUAUAUCCAUGACUAAAACCCUACCUGCCACUGGCUUAGAAACUGAACUGUUAAAUGUAAACAUAGACAAUGACUUUUUUUUUUUUUUUUUUACAUUGCUUUUAUUGAAUAGAUAUUAUACACUGUUUACAUGUAAUUUAUUAACUAAGCACAACUAAUUAUGACAAAAACCCUGUUUGACAUUUUCAUUUUGACAUCUGUUUUAGAUUUCGUGAUCAUGUGAGACUGAUAAUAUCAUGGGCCAAAUAUCUCCCAUUAACAACACUACUUUAAUGUUUCACUUUAAUGUUUUAAAUAUAUUCAAAGUUCACAUUAUAAGUCUUAUUUUAUGUUACAAAGCCAAAUGUUUCUAUUCCAAUGAGUCAAUCAUGUUUGAUUGAAGAGAUGCAUUAGUAGUUCGUUUAAAGAGCAACUGAACGUAAUAAGCAACUUUUCCUUUUGAGAAGAGUGUGGCGUCUAUGAGUCAAACAUUUUAUUUUAGUGUCAGAAUUGACUACAAAGUGUAAAUAGGAUAAUUUGGGUCAAAGUCAGUCUCUUACAAAACAGAUUUGUGAGACAAUUUUUUUCCUAAUUAUAUGUCAUGGAAUGAAGGGUACCAUAAACUCAACCCCAGGAUAACUGUUAUUACAAACCUGUCCACAGCUGGAAGCGCCCAAGUAAUCAUUAAUUUGGAGCGCAGCUGCACGCGACCUGAUAUAAUGUCCAUGUUGAAUUUGGUUUGACAUUAGAUAUCCUUAUGAGGGUAGUUGGGGACCAUCAGUGAAUUACAAGAUGUACAUGGGACAAUAUUUUUUAAAUGCAAAUAGCUCCAAAUGUCAAUGACUUGACCUCAAACCAAGUGUAAAUUGUUGAAAUGCAUGUACAAAUAUUCACAGCAAUUAAUGAGACGAUUAAAAGGUGUGCAACAAGAAAUUUGUUCCAUUUAUAUAGUGUAAUUCAUAGACAGUCCCUAACUAGCCCCACAGAUGGGCUAUCCAAAGUCAAACCAAUUUUGCCAAGGUCUCACACCAGCUCGCCGAAGUUAAUUGGCAAAUUAAGUUGACCAGCUUGCUAGCUAGGCUAGGCUACUUCCAGACACAAUACCUGGUUACACUGUUUCAAGUUAUCUAGAUAGGUGAGUGACUGUAAUUGUGUACUGUUCUGGUAGAGUGAGUGCAAACUCUUCCCAUGUUCAAAACACACACUAGACACCUACAUCAAUGCACACCCCCAAAACCCAAAUCUCGUUUUCAGUCGCAUUUCCUAAUGAGGAGAAUUGAAACCAAGUCUAAAUCAGGACAUUCAACCCCUCUUAAUGUUUUCCUUGAUUUCUAAAUGCAGUUGUCUUAUCCCGACCAACAUUUAUGUAUAUGGAUAGUUCAAUGUAUGUAAAAUAUUGUGUUCCUUACUGUAAUCCAUUCCUUUCUGCUCAAUGGUAGUAUCUCUUGGUGUUUUAACAAAAUAAUCAAUUAUGUGUUUCAGAAUUCCAAUUUAAAAUUGUGUAUCUUUUAUUUUUAUUAAAUGCUCUGUCUUGAUGCUGAGCCCUCCACUGUCAUGUCUUAAAAAGCCGUCUUUAGUGUUGUUAACUAUGUUUUUGCUGUUGACAAAAUGGUUUUGAUCACCGUAAGAGUGCUAGAGGAAGCGUCAUUUCUUCAUUCCAAAACUGCCUUAUCCACAAGUCCUGCAAAAUAUAGCAAAAGUAAUUGACAAUUUACAUUCCAAAAAAUACAUCAAAUACUGUAGCUUAUCUUGUGCUUAUGCAGUAUUAGUGCGUGGUAAUAGUUAAGGUAGUAUUGUCCUUGAUUAUGCAUUAUGAAAAAGCGUUUUGUUUACAGUCCGCUCAGAUUCUCAAAAAAAUGACGGUGUCAAAGUUUGGAUAAGUACAGUUUACAAAACCCAUUCCACUGUUACGUGUUUUAAGUGUGAAGUCGUACUUUUAGCUGUUAAGUAGCAAUAUAGUGUGUGUCAUUUGGUGCUUGUUUAUAUAAUAUUGUAUGUUGCAAAACCUGCACUAUAUCCCACAUAUCAAAGACCACAAGCAUUGUAUGAUUUUAUUUUUCUGCUUCUGUUCGAUGUCUUAACUGGAAUGUAGUACAUUUAGUGCCUUUUGUAUUUCAUCUACCAUCUUGAACACCUGCUCUCGCUCUUUAAAUUUGUUCUAAGUUAUUUACUUCCUUCAUUGUAUGUAUGUAUGUAUGUUUUUUUUGGAGAUUUUAAAUGGCAGUAGGCUUCUUGAUUGCCCAUAUGGACAGUGAUUAAAAUAUGUACGUAACCUG